UAAAAGUUCUGUUUUCCAUUGAUCCCGGUGUUGCGCUCUUCGACCGCCAGGGGUCGCUGCAGUGAAGUGCGUUUCUCUGUUCUGUGAUGUUUCGGGGGUCCAGUCCGGUCCAGCCACACAGACCUGCGUCUAGAACAGCAGGAAAAAACUUCAGCAGAGACUUGUCUUCAGAUCACGAGCUCUUCACAUCGUCUCCAGAGUCGGAUUAGGAGCAGAGCACUUCUGGAAGCGCGCGAACAUGGAUGAUCUAGACGCAUUGCUUGCAGAUCUCGAGUCUUCCACUGCCCAUAUCUCCAAGUGCCCAGUGUUUCUACCCGAGGAGACGCCGUAUUCCUACCCCACUGGAGGGCACCUUUUUCAGGAUGACUCCCCUCCUCCGCCUCUGCCCCCUCCGCCCUCAGUUGAGGCCCUGAACGGAUCCAUCUCCCCGCGGCAAGACUCCCAGCACUCCUCACAACAGUCUCUGGGAUCUGCUCAUAAAAGCACGUUGUCACGGGAUAGCAGUCCACCAGCCUCUCAUACAGAAGAAGACCACGUUUACAGUUUUCCUAACAAGCAGAAGCACUCAGACUCAUCGUCCACAGCCAUGACUUCUGCCCUGGGCAGCAACCUGUCUGAACUGGACCGCCUUCUUCUGGAACUUAAUGCUGUACAGCAAAAUGCCCCAUCUUUCUCCAGUACAGAGGAUGCACCACCUCCAUUGCCACCUUGCAGUGUUGCCCACUAUAUACAGGAAAAUGGAGCCCACCCAGCCAUCACACUGACACCAGCAGCACAGGACAAGCCUCAGAGGAACGGAACAAAGGGGACAGAAGAUGGUCGUCCCACUGUGGAAAGUCUUCUGAAUGAGUUGGAAAGCUCAGUGCCUUCCCCAACGCCCAGCCCCUGUGCUCUGACAAGUGAUUUGACGGACGGACAGGUGGACACACCUUCUGAGCAGCAGGGCAGAAUAUCAGCCACCUCUGCUACACGAGAACUGGAUGAACUCAUGGCCUGUUUGUCAGAUUUUAAGGUGCAGAGCAAUCCAAGUUCCUUAGGCUCCCUGAACUCUGAGCCACUGUUUGAGCAAACUACUACCAUUGCUGAAAUCCACCCUCCUCCCGCGGCUGCCGUGUCCAAAUCCCUGUCCCCUUGCCUCCCAACGGAACCAAGCCGAUAUUCCCCAGGUCUCUCCCCUUCUUUAAACUUUGAACUGCACAUUGUGGAGGAAUCUGGUGAACUGGGUGCUGCGCAUCCACUAUCUAGUGGGAAGCCAUCCUCUCGACUGUCUCCACCUGCAGCAUCCAGUCCUUGUUAUUCUCCGGUAUCUGACCUGGGCUUGGAUUCUGCCAUUGAUGUUUCUGCUUCCAUGCUCUCCUCCCAAGUGGAGUCUCUAGUGGUUCUGUCUCAGACUAUAACCACAACUGGAGGUCGGGAUCAUAGUCCUUUCAUGGAGGGAAGUCCUUCUGCCAAACUGACAAGCUCUGAGCUGAAGUCCUAUUCGCCUCUCACCAAGUCUCCUAGUCCAACAAGUGCCCCAGCGGUCAGCAGAACCCCUGAAAGAGUUAGUCCAUUGAUGACACCUGCAUCUAUUGAUCUAUAUCUCACCAGUUCUGAAGCAAAACCUUUGAGCCCAGUGCCAUCUCUUCCCAGAUCUCCACUUCCUACAGUCUCUGAAUCGCCAUCAAUGUCGCUUCCCAAAGCUGUUUCACCUCCUCUAAUCCUUUCCUCUUCCCCAUCUCUAGCAGCUCCCAAGUCUCCAAGCCCAAAACCAUCAUCAGAACAGCCUGAGCCAGCUGUUUCUCUCAAUCCCCUUCCUGCCACUAGGCUUGAGCCACCAACCUAUGAGCCUUCUCUUGACGACGCCUUAGAUAAACUUCUCGCCAUGAGCUUCAGCAGGCCUGAGAACGAGGCUCCAAUCACAGCUUCAGCAGCUUCACGGCUCACUUUAGAAGUACAACCAGAAGUAUAUGAGGAGACAAUAGUGCCGGCGGAUCGCUGCGACAUUCAUCCUGACACACACACGGAGAGUGAAAUGGGGGAUGGGCUCUUGGAGGAUCAGUCGGACUGCAGGAGCGAUCUUGACUGGGCUGACAUGGAGCUUAAGAUGGCCUACGAAGGACUUGAUGGCUCCAUGACCCCCAUGACUGAAGCAAGCUGGAUGGAUGACUCUCUCACUCCGUCGUCUUGCCCUGGAACUCCAGAUGCCCAAAUGGACCUUCCCAUGCUCCAUAUGGCUGGCACAAUGGACAGAAUCUCAGCCUCAGGACACAUCAAAUCAGUGAUUAGACGCACCAAGGAGAUUCAAAAUGUCCACCCCAUGUACCGAGAUGGCCUGAUACGUAGGAAGAUGGGCCCCCUCAUUUUCCACAAGAGCAACUCCCAGGACCGGCUCAUUGAGGAACUGCAAGGAAAGCUGGGAAUAGCCCGUAAAGAUCGUCCAAAAAAGCAGCAGCCAGACGAUUGGCUCACAGAAGGCGUCAUCGUCAUGUCCAACCCCAAACGCUCACGGGAAGACCACAACAAAGAGGUGGAUAAGAUAAUCAUACCUCCUGAGUCUCCUCUUCCUCAGAGGAAGGUGAUCCUACCUCCCCAAUCUCCCCCAAUCCCUCGCCCCCCACCCCCUGCUGAGGAGCCAAAGCGCCCCCCUCCAGUCAAAUUAGCUCCUGCUCCUGCUCCUGCUCCUCUGCCUCCACCCCCACCACCUGCUCCCUCCCCACCUCCAAGAGAACCUACACCUCCUCCCCAGCCAACACCACCUCCAGUUCCACCCAAGCCCCCGACCCCUGAACCUGUGGAAGUUCCAGCUCCCUCCCCAAAACCCAAUCCUGCACCCCUGCCCACACCCACCCCACCACCUGCCUCUGUGACCCCUCCCAAAGUGCUGGCGUCAGUGGGCUGCCAGACGGAGUACGACCCGCUCUUCCCUCCGCUGCAGAUCAUGGCCCAGGGGAAGGGUCCACAUGGACAGGUUAAUAAACUAGACAACAUGCUGGGCAGUCUUCAGUCUGACCUCCACAAGCUGGGAGUGCAGACGGUUGCCAAGGGAGUGUGUGGCGCCUGCUGCAAACCCAUUGUUGGCCAGGUAGUAACUGCCAUGGGGCGCACAUGGCAUCCAGAGCAUUUUGUGUGCACACACUGCCAGGAGGAGAUUGGUUCCAGAAACUUCUUUGAGAGGGAAGGUCAGCCAUACUGCGAGAGAGAUUACCACCAUUUAUUCUCUCCGCGCUGCUACUACUGUAAUGGACCCAUACUGGAUAAAGUGGUAACAGCGUUAGACAGGACGUGGCAUCCUGAACACUUUUUCUGUGCCCAGUGCGGGGCGUUCUUUGGUCCUGAAGGGUUUCAUGAGAAGGAUGGGAAGGCGUACUGUCGUAAAGACUACUUUGACCUCUUCGCUCCUAAAUGUGGCGGCUGUGCUCGUGCCAUCCUGGAGAACUACAUCUCUGCCCUGAGCUCUCUCUGGCAUCCAGAGUGUUUCGUGUGCAGGGAGUGCUUCACACCCUUCAUCAACGGCAGUUUCUUCGAGCACGACGGUCAGCCCUACUGCGAGGUCCAUUAUCACGCCCGCCGCGGGUCGCUGUGUUCCGGCUGUCAGAAGCCCAUCACGGGCCGCUGUAUCACAGCCAUGGGCAAGAAGUUCCAUCCCGAGCAUUUUGUCUGUGCCUUCUGCCUUAAGCAGCUCAACAAGGGCACCUUCAAAGAGCAAAACGACAAGCCUUACUGCCAGGGCUGCUUCAUCAAGCUGUUCAGCUAGAAAGAUGACUGACUGACUGAGUGUUUGUGUGUGUGUGUAGUAUGAUUUGGUGUAAAGUUCGCAUGUUGUAUUGACUGUUUUGUGUGCGUGUGUAUUUGUCGUUCAGGUUUAUGUCUGACUCUCGACAUCCCCACAUGACGUUGCUGGUCAGGUUGAAAAGAUGGUGACAUGAAGCGCGCUCUCAAAAUCCAGGUUGUUUUUAGAGGGUAUUAGAGGAAAGAUGUUUGAACUAGCGUUUUUUUUUUAGAAAGUGUGUGAAAAAUGUGUUCUGCUCACUGGUUGAGCUGGAGAGAAACUGUUUGGUGAAGAGAACGGUUCAGGAGGGAUGAUGGGAAAUGAAUGUUUGAUACACAAUCAACUGAGAUAAACAACAACUGGAAAUCAACCGAAUAACCAACUUGAGCCAAUUAUUGCUGGGUGAAUUUAAUGAACAAAUAUCCAGGUCAUAUAUCAGCCUGAAACCUAAAGGAAAAAUAAGAAAUUAUAUUUUGCGUUAAAGGAUUAGUUCAGUUCAGAAUUAAAAUUUCCUGAUAAUUUACUCACCCCCAUGUCAUCCAAGAUGUUCAUGUCUUUCUUUCUUCAGUCAAAAAG